UGCGGCCAUUAGGUCCACUACAACUGUAGCUUUCAGAUGGUGAAGUGGGUCUCAGAGUUUCAGUCCUCAACAGUCAACAGCAACAAGUUUAGCUCUCUGCAAGUCACUGAAAUGGCUUAAACAUUCUCCAAAGUCUAGAUUGGUAAAUGAAUCAGAUAUCCUUUGAUCGUAAGCUGUGCUCGCUGGAUUGUGGAGAAUGUGCUUCUACUCUUUGAAUUUGUCUUAACAGUAGUUCUGUUCUGGUUUAAUUGUCUGGUCCUUCUGGGGAAGGUAUGGAGGUCAAGAAAGAGAAGAUGGUGAGGUUUUAUCCUGAUGAAAACCAAGUGUCUGAUGUGAUGUGGGAAAGAACUGAACCGCUGCACCUUCGAACACCCUCACCCCUAUACAAGGUUUCAGCUCCUCUGCUGAAAUCUGAUGGCCUAAAAUCUGAUGACCAUGGCCUUGUCCAUGAUCGAGUUUUAGGUGGAGGUGGUUUCGGAAGUAAAAUUACUGGGAGCUUCAAAUUUGGAAGAUCUAAAGUCUUUCCAGAGGACAUUGAGCCAUGGAGGAAGAAGAUACUUGACCCAGGCAGUGAUAUUGUUUUGCGAUGGAACCGGGUUUUCCUGUACUCGUCCUUGGUGGCUCUGAUUUUAGACCCUCUAUUUUUCUACCUGCCUUUGUUAUCGGGUGACGCGACUGUAACCACAACGUGUAUGGAGACGGAUUUGACUCUGGGAAUUAUCGUGACGUGUUUCCGAACGGUUGCCGAUCUGUUCUAUCUGUUGCACGUCCUCAUAAAGUUCCGGACAGCAUAUGUAGCACCUAUCUCCCGGGUGUUUGGGAGGGGUGAGCUUGUAAUGGAUCCUAGGAAGAUUGCAAAGAGAUAUUUAAGAACAGAUUUCUUCAUCGAUCUGGCGGCUACAUUACCUCUCCCACAGUUUGUCAUCUGGUUUAUAAUACCGGCAAUUAGAAGCUCCCACACUGAUCAUACUAACAAUGCCCUUGCACUCAUCGUUCUGCUCCAAUAUGUUCCAAGAUUAUAUCAAAUAUUUCCUCUGAGUGCCGAAAUUAUUAAGGCUAAUGGAGUUAUCACAAAGACUGCCUGGGCUGGGGCGGCAUAUAAUCUACUGCUGUACAUGAUAGCUAGUCAUGUUUUAGGGGCAUCAUGGUACUUGUUGUCAAUUGAGCGGUAUACAACAUGUUGGAAAACAGCAUGCAGAAAUGAGCUUGCCCCUUUAAAGUGCAGCCUUAGUUAUUUAGACUGUGAAUCUUUGCAGGAUAAUGAUCGCAUGAGUUGGGCAAACAAUACACUUGUGUUUGCUAGCUGUGAUAUUACCAAUUCAAAUAUGACUUUCAAUUAUGGCAUGUUUGCGAAUGCAAUGAGUAAUCAUGUGGUCUCCUCAAAUUUCCUCGAGAGAUACUUCUAUUGUUUGUGGUGGGGGUUACAAGUCUUAAGUUCAUAUGGGCAGACUUUGUCUACAAGCAUGUUUAUUGGGGAGAAUUCGUUUGCUAUACUCAUUGUCAUUGUGGGUCUGGUCUUAUUUGCCCAUUUGAUUGGGAACAUGCAGACCUACUUGCAAUCCAUCACGGCAAGGCUUGAGGAGUGGAGACUUAAACGGCGGGACACUGAAGAGUGGAUGAGGCAUCGCCAACUCCCUCCAGAUUUGCAAGAACGUGUGCGGAAAUUUAUUCAAUAUAAGUGGCUUGCAACGCGAGGAGUUGAUGAAGAAGCUAUCCUUUGUGCUUUACCAACUGAUCUUCGUCGGGACAUCCAGCGCCACCUAUGUUUGGACCUUGUUCGGCGGGUCCCCUUUUUCUCACAGAUGGACGACCAAUUACUAGAUGCCAUAUGUGAGCGCCUUGUAUCUUCCCUAAGUACUGAAGGCACUUACAUUGUUCGUGAAGGUGACCCUGUAAGUGAGAUGCUCUUUAUAAUCCGGGGAAAACUGGAAAGCUCUACCACCAAUGGGGGGAGAACAGGGUUCUUUAAUUCGAUUACUUUAAGACCCGGUGAUUUUUGUGGCGAGGAGCUGCUUGCAUGGGCUUUGCUUCCAAAAUCCACUGUUAACUUGCCUACUUCCACAAGGACAGUCAGAGCCCUUACUGAAGUGGAAGCUUUUGCCUUGCAAGCAGAAGAUCUCAAGUUUGUAGCCAACCAGUUUAGGAGAUUACACAGUAAGAAGUUGCAGCACACUUUUCGCUUUUACUCUCACCAUUGGAGGACAUGGGCAGCCUGCUUCAUACAGGCUGCUUGGCGUCAAUUCAAAAGGAGGAAGAUGGGAAAGGAUCUCUACAUGCAGGAGUCCUCGUCUUUCUCAUAUUUAUCAGAUGCGCAAGCAUUUGUUGAGACAGGACAAGAGGGAGAAGGCUCUACUGUUGCUUUGGAGAGUCCCUCCAAGACAGUACCAAACCUUGCUGUAACAAUAUUGGCUUCAAGGUUUGCUGCAAACACGAGGAGGGGAGGUCAGAAAAUCAAGGGUGUUGAGAUUCCCAUACGAAAGCCUGAAGAUCCCGACUUCUUUACCGAAGCUGAUGAUGAUUAACUUACUCUGCAAAUGGUAAAAUUCCAACCAUAGAAAUAGAUGUCCAGGAUGAAUCUCAUUUGAGCCCCCCCCCCCCUUCCCCCCCAACGCCCCAGUUCAAAACCAUCUAGGGGAAAAAGAAAGAUGUUUGGGAGAUGGAAGCCUGUUUUGCCUUUGGGUUUGCAGAUGCUAAUAUAUGUAAUGCUUCAUGAGUGACUCGCCUUUAUUAAGGGUUGUACAAUUUGCCUGUGUAUCCAUCUUACUACACAGGUUAGAACUUCAAACUCUGGCCAUAAAAUCUAUUAUUUCAUCAAGUAAGAUGGAUACACGGGUACCACUUCCUUGAGAUGUUGGCAUAAUACUUAUGAAUGCCUAUACUCUAUUGUACUGAUAUUUCUAUUUUUUUUCAUUUUUCAUAGGUCAUAUAGUUUUAAUAAAAUUUAUUUCCUUCUAAUUUAUAGCAA